AUGGCAUCUGCAGUCGAGGCUCGCUCUCUGGCUAUUUUGACAACCCUUGCCUCCGACCCUCCGCUCUACCCACGAAAUCCAACGCAGCUUCCACACGCCCCCUUGACCUUGUAUAUCGUGAGAGUUCCUGGCAGCAAAGGCAUGAAAUCUUCCAAUAUUGUUAAUCGGGAUAUAGAUGUCUUUUUGACCCCACUCAAACCACGGGAGAAGGUCGUUAGUGCCGAAGAUGUCCAGAGCUCCUUAUACUUUUUGCAUAUCGAUAUCCCAGAAGACGACCUUGUUGAACUCCCAGAAGAGAUCCCGGUGCUGGACACCCCUGCUCUUUCAACAAUUACCCGCAAACCACUACCGACACCUCCGACUUCUCCAGCAGAUGGAUCUCCGAGACAGAGGAGUGCUGUGUUCGACACCAAGCAGCAGCUUGGAGUACCUCAGCGCAAGCCAGUUCGUCAGAGUCUAGAUCUACCAGACAUUCCACCACGACCACCCAUGAGAAGUCCUUUGAGUCAGCAGGGCCAGUUUACUACUAAUGAGCUCCCUGAUGGAAGACCAUCUUUCUCCAGGCGGCCGCUCAGCAAUCAGUUCCUAGAUCCAAGAGAUGAACGAUGUGUAUCGCUGACCCUUAUUCGUCGAGAUCCGUCAUCAGGCUUCCAGUGGAACGUCGCAAAGAUUCGUGAUCCGCCGGUACAUGACGUGUCUUCCGUUCUGGGCGGCGAUGGCUCCAUCAAAACCAAGAAAACAGCAGCUCCCCUGUUUAUCGAAAUUUACAAUCCUGGAUACUCCAAGUUCGUGCAGUUUGACCAGACCAGACCAGAUUCUCGAGGUAGUGCUGAUAUGGCUUCCCUCUCACCAAAUCUCUCUUCGGACCAUGAUAGCACAUUCCGCCGACGGUUGUACAUGGACGGAUUGAGAUUCGGCGACCACUCGGAUGGCCAUCGCAAAACUCCUUCCUGGUGUGGUGAGCAGCAGAAUCAACGUCCAUCAGCACAAUUGAAUCGACAAAGUCUGCAAGCUGUACCGAAAGCGCUGGCUGAUAGGAGAAGCAAAGGUUACACUUUUCGAAGCCCAUGGGGCGGAAAAUGCGAGUUCUCAACAGGCGCCACUGGCAGAUCAUUGAAGUGCAAACAUGUCCUCGAUAACCCAUCAAGCGCAAUGACGGAAGUUAGUGAGCUGCGCUUCAACCUUCCAACCGGUAGUACUACCAAGAGUAGUCCAUCAUCCACUGAUGCUGGAGCAAAGAGGUCUUCAUUCAUCUCGAGACCAUCCCUUCACAGGCAUUCAACCUCGGAUGAGCUUACCAAUGGUCCCCUCUCUCCUGGUAUGAACAAAUUCUUGGACGAGUAUGGCAAUAUCGAUCUUUCCUUGGGACAGGAACGUGCCGGAGGUGGUUUCAAAGGGAAGCAGGCAAAGCUUGGAAAGCUCAUCAUUGAGGAUGAAGGUGUUAAGAUGUUGGAUCUGAUAGUGGCAGCCAACAUGGCUCUCUGGUGGAGGGCCUACGAACGGAAGCACUGA